CAAAGGCCACCCCUCCAUUGAAGAUGGUCUUUUCCUUUCCCCAAGCCAAACAAACACACCUCCCUUCAGACCAGCCAAGGGACACCAACCCAAAACCCACUGCCUGCCCAUACACAAGCAAAGCAACAAGACAGAUGAAAAUGCAUCCCAUGAUAAAAAUCCACAAGUAGGGCAUGUCCUCCCUCCCUCCCCCAUAACCAAAUAUAUAUACUGGUAGCAGGACUAGGUGAGCUUCUCCAGGCCUUCAUAGUACAGCAGCAGUGGAGGAGGAGAGUUCAGAGGGGCACCACCACCACCACAAGUACACUCAGAUUUGGGUGUAGGGGGGCGAGAGGUGCAAAGGAGAAGUAUCCCUUUUGCCUCAGCAGCACCUGCUGCUUUCUUCUUCUUCUCUUUGUGCAAGCAAUUGCAACAAGAAACAAUGAUGGCCUGUGGGUCUCGUCAUGGCAACGCCGAGGUUGUCGAUGAGUUUGAGAAGCUGGUCAUCAGGAUGAACCCUCCAAGGGUGACGGUGGAUAAUGAGUCCGACAUCACCGCCACCUUGGUCAAGGUGGACAGCGCGAACAAGUACGGGACGUUGCUGGAGGUGGUUCAGGUGCUGACCGAUCUGAAGCUCACCAUCAACAGGGCCUACAUUUCCUCUGAUGGGGAGUGGUUCAUGGAUGUGUUCCAUGUCGUGGAUGAGGAAGGGAAUAAGCUUUAUGACGGCCAAGUCAUCGACAGGAUUGAACAGUCUCUGGGAGCCGGGUCGCUGAGCUUCCGUGCCACGGACGCCGAGACGGAGACAGCGGCGGCGGCAAUGGCGCAGGCAACGGCGAUCGAGCUGGUGGGCAGGGACAGGCCGGGCCUGCUGUCGGAGGUGUUCGCGGUGCUGACGAACCUCCGCUGCAACAUCGCGUCCUCCGAGGUCUGGACCCACGACGGGCGCAUGGCCGCCCUGGUGCGCGUCACGGACGCCGACACCGGCGCCGGCAUCGAGGAAGACGACGACCCGGAGCGGCUCGACACCGUCAAGCGGCUGCUCCGCCACGUGCUCCGCGGCCGCGCCGCCGUCCAGGCGCGGCCGGGCGGCGCGCUGCACGCGCACCGGCGGCUGCACCAGAUGAUGAGCGCCGACCUCCGCAGCCGCGCCGCCGCUGCCGGCGCCGGAGACGAAGAAGAAGAAGAUUGCGAGGGGGUUGUUGUGGGGGUGGAGGAGUGCGCGGAGAGAGGCUACACGGUGGUGAACGUUCGCUGCCGGGAUAGAGCCAAGCUGCUGUUCGAUACUGUCUGCACGCUGACGGAUAUGCAGUACGUCGUCUUCCACGGCACCGUCAUCGCCGAGGGCUCCGAGGCAUACCAGGAGUUCUACAUCCGGCACCUCGACGACGGCGCCGCCGCCUCCGCCUCCGCCGCCGACCGCGCCCGCCUCCGCCGCUGCCUCCAGGCCGCCAUCCAACGCCGCAACACCGAGGGGGUGGUGGGGCUGGAGCUGCGGUGCGAGGACAGGCCGGGCCUGCUGUCGGACGUGACGCGGGUGUUCCGGGAGCACGGGCUCUCCGUCACGCACGCCGAGGUGGCCACGUGGGGCACCCAGGCGGCCGACGUGUUCCGCGUCGUGACGGCGUCGGGGGACGCGCCCGUGCCGGCGCGCGCCGUGGACGCCGUCCGGGCGGAGGUCGGCGAGGACAUCCUCUUUAUCAAGGAUGAUACCCUCGCCGCCUCCGCCAAUGCUGUGGGUGGGCCUGUGUCGCCGACGGGUCGUGGCGGCGGCGACGGCCGGCGGUCGCUCGGGAACAUGAUCAGGUCUCGGUCCGAGAAGUUCCUCUUCAACUUGGGCCUCAUCAGGUCCUGCUCCUAGACAGCUAGUAGUAGCUCAAGCUGACCAAAGAGUCAACGUCAACGACCGUUGCAGUGCAGCCACCACUAGGUAGCUUAGCCAAGCUAAGUGCUGCUCUAUGUAGGUUGUUCUUGGAUCGAUCAAUCGAUCCUCUUACAUUUGUCUGAGUUUUAAUUCCACUUCUCGGAUGAAAAGGAACCUGGCUAGCUAGCUUAGCUUGCUUGCGGCCGGCUUUCAUCACCAAAAUCACGUGUAAAUAUCUCUCGCUUCUUAAUUAAUUUGCUUUGCUGUUUA